AUGCGAGGUGCUGAAGAUGAAGACGUAGAGGCACUGGAUGAGCGGAGGUUGGAGCAACGAGACAAGUACUUUGACCUUCUCGAGAAGAAGGAGACGCAUCGAAGAAAAGAAUGGCCAAGCCACGAUGAGCAGCCGGAAGUGUGUGGCGUACACCGCUGCAAGAAGUGCAAGAAGACGACCAUGUACAAGCCGUCGGGCAUCUGCAAGGACGAGCGCCAUCCAAUCACGCGCCACGACGCCGUGCAGAAGUUCUUCCAGUGCAAGGCCUGCUCUAGACGGAUGACGACCAUCGACAAGUACCCGCAGGCCUCCUGCAAGAGUUGCGGCGGGUCCAGCUAUGAAAGGGUGGGAAUGUGGAAGGAGAAGACGGUGCAGCUGGAGGCUGAGAAGCUGUGUCUGCGCGGAGCCGAGAGCAAGUUCCUCGACAGUCAGCUGAAGUCCUGAUGGCUUCCCGCUUCGUCUCACGACGCUCCUCUUCAUCUCGCGUCGACCCAUCACGACCCGUCACAUCACCGAUCCACGAACGUUCGUCGCAUUUUCGACGUGAUUUCUGAUGGAUUUCCCCGAUUUCGCGAAUCGAUUCGAUUUUCCGAAUCGAUUCGAUUUGCCGAGUCGUGAUGGCUUCGCGAGCGCGCAUGCUGCUUCGUCUCGCUUCAACCCAUCACGUCGAUCCACAAACGUAUUGUCGCGCAUCUCUCGCCAAACCUGCGAGCGCGCACCACAGACGCUUGGAACGUCUAAAAAAAAAAA